AUGGCAGUGAAAGUUUCGGUGAUUGCAUUUCUGUUCUUGAGUCUCUUUGGACUGAACACCAGCCUCUACAUAAUUAACCAUUAUCUGAGUACCAAAAUGACAUGGAAUUAUGCACAACUUUACUGCAGAGCAUAUUAUAGUGACCUGUCCACCGUGAGCAAUGAAGACCUGAAACCACUCUCUGACGAUCCACAAGUCACUGAAGAUUAUUACUGGAUUGGACUUUUCAGAGAUUCCCAAAACCCAUCAGUGUGGAGAUGGACUGGAGGUGAGCAGGCAACCGAUAUCAAAUGGGAUGAAGGACAACCGGAGUAUAAGAAUGAAAAUUGUGCUGUUAUCAAAAAAUCCUCUGCUAAAGUGCAUGAUAUUGAUUGCUCUUGGAAUCUACCAUUUUAUUGCAUGGAGGUCUUUGAGCUGAUCCUGGUCCAGCAGGAAAGCACGUGGGAGGAGGCAUUGGGAUACUGUAGACAAAACUACUAUGAAUUUGUUGCUUUGAGCUCAGAUUUGAUGAUGGCACAGGCAAAGCAAGAGAGCGAUUCAGCCUUGACAGAUGACGUAUGGAUCGGCCUGCGCUUUCUAGCUGGGAGCUGGUUUUGGGUCAAUGGAGAAGCUUUUGGAUAUAAGGCCUGGUCUUCAGGAGGAGAUCUUCAGUGUCCUGCUAUGAAUCAGAGAUGUGGAGUUUUAAAUAUAUUAAUCGUUAAUACAGACAUAGCAUAA